CCAGACGCUCCUUUUCUCCGAACUCCAAAGUCCAAACACAGAGGCAAACCCACCGUUACUCUCUCUCUCUGUUCAUAGAUUCUCUCCCUCUCUCUCUCCAUAACCCUUCUCGAACCUCUCUCUCUGGUGUCUCUAGAAGUGGUGGUUAUUCUGAGUGAUGGGUAUGCCCUGCCGCUGUUCCCACACCUCCCACAUCACCGAAAUCAUCAUCACCAGCUUCUUCCGCCACAAGCCUUAGAUCUUUUCAUGGCCAUUUAAAUUCCAUCUUUGGUCGGAGUAACCAACUAGCAAUAGCAUGCCGAGUGGAAGCACCUUUCCAAACAUGACAACUUUCCUUCACAACCACAACCACAACCACAACCAAAACACUUGUCAACCUCUCCACUCUCUCUUCCUCUCUUCCUCUGCCACCCCUUUCCUGGGUUCGAGAUCCAUGGUGAGUUUCGAAGGAGAAGGAGGGAGCAAGGGGUCGUUGUUCCAGGGCUAUGACCUGGAGGAGAAUGGGGACGAGUACUUCCACCACCCCGAGAAGAAGCGCCGUCUCUCGGCCAACCAGGUUCAGUUUCUGGAGAAGAGCUUCGAGGAGGAGAACAAGCUGGAGCCCGACAGGAAAACCAAGCUCGCCAAAGACCUCGGCUUGCAGCCACGACAGGUUGCUAUUUGGUUCCAGAACCGUCGCGCUCGCUGGAAGACCAAACAGCUCGAGAAGGACUACGACACUCUGCAUGCAACCUUUCAGACUCUCAAAGCCAACUAUGACCUCCUCCUCAAGGAGAAAGACAACUUAAAAGCUCAGGUGGCGAGUCUGACUGAGACGGUGCUUGCAAGAGGGAUGCAAGAGCAAGAGUUGAAGCUGCAGGGUGAAAGUGAAACAAAGGGAUCUGAUAUGAGUUCAAAGUGUGAAGGGUCCAAAGUGUCUUCUCAUGUGGGGGGCUGUAAACAGGAAGAUAUUAGUUCUGGUAGGAGUGACAUUUUGGAUUCACACCCAGCUGAUUCUUCUUAUGCGUUUGACCCUGAUCAAUCCGACGUCUCACUCUCACAAGAUGAACAAGAUAACCUCACCCACAAUCUCUACCCUUCCUACCUCUUUCCCAAGCUUGAAGAGGUCCAUUACUCCGACCCUGCUCAAACUUCUUGUAAUUUUGGAUUUCCGGAGGAAGAUCACGCCCUUUGGACCUGGGCCUACUAAGAUUUCUCAUUUCUUCCAUCUUCAUCUCUCUUUUUUUUUUAGUAUUUGCUCUUUUUCUCAACACUUGUCACUGCUUCGUGCCUAAUAACCAACAACUCAGAGCAAUGACUACAGCUUUAUUAGGAUAGAAAUUAUGGUUUUUUCCGCAUUUUGUUACUUGUAAUCAAACUCUUGCUUCCAAUGUAAUUAAAUAAUGUCUUCUGCUUCAGAAUGUAACUCUGCAUUUAAUUUCAUGAAUAGAUCCAGAAAAAGGAAGCCCAAUAAUCACUUGCUACACUGCCAGAGAUUAAUAUGACUAUGAGUCUAUGACUACGAUUCUUCUUCAUUUGGGUUAUGGACUUCUGGGUCCCUGUUGUUUCGAUUGGCAAGCAACACUGCAUGACGAAGUUGACUUGCACAUUGGUUGCAAUACUUUCUUAAUUGUAAGCUUCGUCAUAAAAGGAGUGUCACUUUCCCAAGCUAUGAAUUG